CCUUGAGCAAGCUGUUUUACUUCCUUUCUGUAAAAUGGGUACAAUGAUCAGAGCUGCCUUAAUUCAUCCUGAAUUGAUGGCAGACACUGGUGUGGCUGUUCAUAGGGGCCCCACAUCCAUCUAUGAGGAAUAUGGCAUGGAUUCCCCAUGGCCACUCUAAGAAAUGGGAAGUAGGAUGGUCCCCGUUAUAGGGAGCACUGUUGCUGUCAUAACUGUUAUGUUGUUAUCAGUCAUCUUGCUGCUCCACCUCUCCACAGGUUGGACAGUCAAAAGCCGCACUAGCUUUAGCAAGAUCUCCAGCGUCCACCUCUGUGGCCGCCGCUACUGUUUUGAGAGUGAGGGUGACAUCCAGCGUUUCCAACAGGACUUCGUGUCCCGCCUGUGGCUCACAUACCGCCGGGACUUCCCGCCCUUUGCUGGGGGCUGUCUGACUUCAGACUGUGGCUGGGGCUGCAUGUUACGAAGUGGGCAGAUGAUGCUGGCACAAGGCCUCCUGCUGCAUUUCCUGCCCAGAGACUGGACAUGGGCCGAGGGUGCAGGCCUGGGCCCCCCUGAACGGUCAGGGUUGUCCUCUCCCAAUCGACACCAUGGGCCUGCCCACCGGAAGCCCUCACGCUGGGCCCAGGGCACCCCUGAGCUGGAGCAGGAACGCAGGCAUCGGCAGAUUGUGUCCUGGUUCGCCGACCACCCCCAGGCCCCCUUCGGCCUGCACCAGCUAGUGGAGCUCGGACAGAGCUCGGGCAAGAAGGCAGGUGACUGGUAUGGGCCAUCUCUUGUGGCACAUAUACUCAGGAAAGCUGUGGAGAGCUGCUCAGAGGUCACCCACCUGGUGGUGUAUGUUUCUCAGGAUUGCACAGUGUACAAGGCAGAUGUGGCACGCCUGGUGGCUAGGCCAGACUGCGCAGCUGAGUGGAAGUCUGUUGUCAUCCUGGUGCCGGUGCGGCUAGGUGGCGAGACUCUCAACCCCGUGUACGUGCCCUGCGUGAAGGAGCUCCUGCGUUCAGAGCUGUGCCUAGGCAUUAUGGGGGGCAAGCCGCGGCACUCACUGUAUUUCAUCGGCUACCAGGAUGACUCCCUGCUCUACCUGGACCCCCACUACUGCCAGCCCACUGUGGAUGUCAGCCAGGCUGACUUCCCCCUGGAGUCCUUCCAUUGCACCUCACCCCGCAAGAUGGCCUUCGCCAAGAUGGACCCAAGCUGUACUGUGGGGUUCUAUGCUGGAGACAGGAAGGAGUUUGAGACACUGUGCUCAGAGCUGACCAGGGUUCUCAGCUCCUCCUCAGCCACACUGCGGUACCCCAUGUUCACUCUGGCUGAGGGCCAUGCUCAGGACCACAACCUAGACCUCUGCUCCCAGCUCUCCCAGCCAACUCUGCAGCUCCCUCGCACUGGGCGGCUCCUCAAGGCCAAGCGCCCAAGCUCUGAGGACUUUGUGUUUUUAUAAAGGGAUGGGAUGGGGGACAAGAUAGGACAAACACUAUUUAUUUUUUUAUUUAUGUCACACUGGAUGUGGGAGCUUGAACUCUGGUGGUGAGGGUACUUUCGAUAAGCGCAGCUGAGACCAGCCCAGGAAACCUCCAGGCUGGGGCCAUUAAGCCAGAGACAGAGCCCACAGGCCUGCCUCCUGCCACUUGGGCCCUCCUCACAAGGCAGGGAGGGAUGGCAGGCGGGCUCCCAGGCACCCACUCAGGGCCUGACUUAAGUACUGUAGUUUGCACUGGACUGCCCACACCCCUUACUGGUCUCUAAGCCCCUGUCCUGCCAAGGGCUGGUGGUGGUGUGGGAACUGUGGCUGCUGGGGGCCAAUAAAGCCAUCUGACUUGA